CAACUGCAAAGGGCGGCAGUAAGCAGGACGAGAAGAUGAUGAAGAAUUCGAGUUCAUCAACAACAUCCGCUUCAGGUAUGGCGCUCUCAACUGUUACGUUCUCAGCUGUUCUUACAUGGAUUUGUCAUGCAGAACUACCAUCAAGAUUCACACGGGAAAGCUGCUUCGCAUGACAAAUUUGCGAAGGGCUAAACAGCACCUAAAUCUGUGCAAAACUUGUAAUGCUAGAAGUGCAACCUCUCCCCUUUCACUUUUGCAAUUCUUGCAUCACAAAUCCAUGCAACAGUUGAGAAUGUAACAGUUGAGAACACCAUAUCAGGCGCAGGUAGUUGUACCUCCGCACCAUCUGUUAUGCCUUGGACGGUCGUUAGCAUACAGAAGGGUGAAUUUGCGGUGAAUUUGUAUUGCAUGACUUGCAUUUACUUCAAAAGAGAAGUGCGCUGCGUAAAGGGCUGGGCACGAGCCCAAGCAGCUCACGCAGCGUGAAGGGCUGCUCGGUGCCAGGUGGCACUUGCAGCACCGAAAGAAGUAGUGGUUGGUCUUGCUGGGGCCCGCCGGACUGUGUAGUGCAUAUGUAACCAAAGAGUGUGGGUCGUGGGGCUCUUGUUCAUCUGCGCGUCUGCCUCAGAAGUUCCUCUCCGGAAUGGUCGGGAGGGAGGGCGACGCCUGAACACAGGGGCACUAGUUCAACACGUGCGCUCUCACGAGUUGUGGCUUGGAAUUGGAUAUCUGGGAGUAGCCUCGGGUGGAAGGGAAGGCACGACUCGGCUACGGGCACUAGCUUGCUUGGCCUGGUGUGCUCGGCUUACAACUCCCCAGGCGUGUUUUUGCCCCCGGAGCAAGUCUUUUUCGAGGUGGCUCUCAGGUCAAGAAUUCUCUUGGUGAAUUUUGAGGCUUUUUGUUUUUGCGACACUUUUUUGAAGCCCCCAAACCCGGAGUUUCUCACGCGCUAGCGAAUUUUGAAAAGGAGCCGGAGGCCAAAAUUCACCGGCGCCCUUUUCAAAAUUCACCCCAAAAUUCACCGGGCGCCCCUUUUCGACCGUGAUAAGCAAACUUUAGCGCAGAAAAGUGCUCAAAAAAGUCCGCAAAUAGGCCCUAGGAAGUGGCGCCGAGGGGAAAAGACAAGCGCCCUCUGUUGCCCUCGGCCCGUCUAUAUUCUGCCGAAAAGGCCUGGAGAGCUCACGCGCCUGCCGGAUAGACGCGUCAAAGCUCUCGGCCUGGUCCUUUCGCCCUUGCUCUCGCGCCUUCAUCUUGCGUAAUUGUAUGUGCUCCGGAGCCCUUAUUUUUGGCGUCUUUGCCGCGGCUGUUGCAGUGCUCUUAUGCGAGCACAGGGAGACGAAAUUGUAUGGCUAUGGGCGAAGAACGACGCCCAGGCCAUGUCUAGAAGCUGCCCGCCACAUAAGCCUUGACAACUUCUGCGGUGUGCAGAACCCACUUCCCAGAAGGGCAAGAGGGACAAUGUCCCGGCGGACUCAUCUGCAAUUUGUCAUGCAAGAUUCGCUACAAAUUCACCACUUCUCAUGCUAACGGGUGUUACAGCUCUAAUUCAGGCGCAGGUAGUUGUACCUCCGCAACAUCUGUCGACUCCGCACCAUGUACAGAAGAAAAAAAUCCUCAAGCGCAGGAGCAGGACGCAAGCGCGCCGG